ACGUGCCAGCCGUCCACGGCGUCGUACUCAUAAAAGGACCGGUCGAGCUCGAGCUCACUCCACCUCUCAUCUCCCAGCCGUCGCGCCGCCACUCGCCGCGCGGCCGCAUCCAUCCGAUCCAUGGACGGGGCUUCGGCGGGCGCGUGGCGCGGCACGGUGCGCGCCGUGGCAUCGGGGCCAGCGCCCGGCGCGGCGUGGGAGCUGCUGGGGGACUUCUUCUCCCUGGACCGGUGGGUCUCCACGGUGCGGACAUGCCGGCGCGUGGAGGGGGGCGACGAGGAGGGGCGCGUGCGCUACUGCGAGGGCCCAGUGAACAUGGCCGCGGCGGCGGGGGUUGGGGCGGGGGCGGGGGAGGCCGCCGUGGCGGGGUGGUCCAAGGAGCGGCUCCUGGAGAUGGACCACGCGGGGCGGCGGUACAGCUACGAGGUGGUGGCGAGCAACAAGGGGUUCGGCAGGUACCGCGCCGCCCUGCGGGUGGAGGACGACCCGGCCGGGUGCGCCGUCGCGUGGUCGUUCGAGGCCGACCCCGUGGAAGGGUGGACGCAGGAGGGGUUCGUCCGGUUCCUGGAGGAGCUCGCGCGUGGCGUCGCCCGCCGGCUCGAGGAGGAGAUCAACGUGCCCAAGGGCGAUGGGGCGUAGCUCGGAUUGGCUUCGUGGCCGUGGCCCGUGGGUGUUCAGUGUUCUACUGUUUUCACAGAGUGUUGUGUUGGGAUCGCCAUUCUGUGCAGGUUUGGUUUGUCAUGGAGGCUGAAUCAAAUGAGUACCAGAUUGGCACACAAUGACAAGUAAUGGCUUCCUUUUUACCGUGUUAAGGGCAGUACCAUACGAUUUAUCUCAGUAUACAGGAUGGCGACCUUUUUUAUGAA